UGCACGCCCCACACAUGCCAGAUUCUCUAAUCUAUGGCUCCCUCUUCUUACUUUUUUCCCGUAUCUUGCAGCAAUAUCAAACUCCACCGCUUCCACUUUCAGAGGAGGAGCGAGCCCAACAGAAGAUAACAGCAGUAAUACCCACAAAAACCUGUCAAAUGGCAUACCGCUUUCCAACAACUCCGGGUAGUGAACUUCACAUGAUGACCAACAACCGUGCCAUCCUGAUUACAACCCAUGAUGAUGAACAGAACGAGUGGAGCAUCGCGCUUGCUUUUGCCAGCCGCAUCGUCAUUUAUGUCGCAAUCUUGGCCUUGCUGAUGAUGAUUGUUGCACUGAUCAUUAAACUUUUGGGACAUUGCGAUGGAGAUGCUAGCAGUAGUAGCAGCAGCAGCAGUAUUCACCGCCAGGCCACGGCGGCUCGGGCUGCAACUGAAACUAAUACAUUGCUAGCAAAAGAGGUGGUUCCGUUCACCUAUGGGACCUGUGAAGAAGAUUUAGAGUCUGCAAAAUGCAGUAGCAGUCCCUCGGACGAUUUAUAUGAUGGAAAGAUUUGUGUAAUUUGCUAUGACGAGCGAAGAAAUUGCUUCUUCAUCCCUUGUGGUCACUGUGCUACUUGUUCCAUUUGUGCCCGAAGGAUUACCGAAGGGGAAACCAAGACUUGCCCUGUAUGCCGCAGAUAUAUUCACAAAGUAAGAAAGCUGUUCAUUUCCUGAAAUGAUGCCCGUCAAAUUUUGCUUCAGUUUUUUUUUUAGUUUUUCCUUUUCUUUUCUCUUUAGUUGUAAAUAGACUGUUUGUGUAGUUAGUUUGUCGGAAAAUCACAAAACGAUGUAAAUGGGCCAUUAUUAUUGGGCCUUUGCUGCUGUACAAACUCGCCCUGAACUAUGGGGCAAGUUUUCUUUUUUCUACCUUUCCCCACCUGUACAUAAAUGGGCAGUGGAAGCUAGAUUUCACUCUUCUUGUCAGAAGCCCAAGCCCAAUGUAUGAAUGUAGAAAAGGGCUACAAUGUUGUUGGCAAGUUAAAUUAAGACAAGAUUAGUCGAGUGCGAUUGU